CGCGCUUGGGAGGCUCCUGUCAGAGCGGCGAGCGCGGCGCCCAGGGCGGCUCUCGGGCGGCCGCCGCUGCCUCGUGUGUCGCGGCGUGUGGCCCACCGGCGGCCUUCCCGGGCAGCAGGAGUUAGCGGCGGGAUGUGCUCGGCCGGGGAGCUGCUGCGGGGCGGCGGCGGGGAGCUCGACGAGGACGGGGACACGGACACGGUGGCCGAGCGGGCGGCGGCGGGGACGGAGCAGGAGCCCGGGGCGAGCCCGCCGCGGCGCGGGCGGCGGCAGGAAGAGGCCGAGCAGGAUAUUGAAGAAUCACAGAACCAUACUGGCGAGCCUGUUGGAGAUGACUACAAAAAGAUGGGAACUCUUUUUGGUGAACUGAACAAAAGCCUCCUCGACAUGGGCUUCACCAGGAUGUAUUUUGGAGAACGAAUUGUGGAACCAGUAAUAGUCAUUUUCUUCUGGCUUAUGCUGUGGUUCCUUGGUCUACAAGCCCUUGGACUAGUUGCUGUUCUUUGCCUUGUCAUUAUUUAUGUGCAACAGUAAAACAUGGCCAAAUGAGUCGUUGGACAUUUAGUAGCCAUGUAUGUAAUUGAUAGAGUUACACAUUUUGGCUUUUUGAAAGCCAAAAGGUUUGACUUGUUCCAGAUUGUGUGCUGGCAGCUUUGUAAUUAAAUUUGUAAAUGGAUGUUGUUUAAAACUAAACUAAACUCUUUGUUAUAACAGGCUGAAUAUAUAUUUUUGAAUAUACAUUAGCUUAUUCAAAAUUCUUGUUUCACUAUUGUGAUUUAUACUCAUUUUUAGACACCUCUGUCCACUUGCCAAAUCUUAAAUAGCAUCACCAAACAGUAAGCAGGGGAAAAAAUAGAGUAUGGAGUUCAAAUCAAGCCAUAUAGUUCUUAUAAAGAGUUUCAUUAACAAUUUUACAAGAAAAAGGAGGAUACAAGCUAAAAAACAAGUUUUUAUUGGAAAUCUGUUCUACCACUACCCCAUCAAAUCGUCCCAUUUUAUUUGGAAUAUACUUAUCUUUCUGUUGUCCCUGCUCAACCCAAACCAAGGUAAAUGGAUAAUUACCUCACACUACCUUAACAUUGUGGUGAAAAUGAACAAAGCCAGCACAUUUUCUAAAGAUUGAAAGGAAUAUAUUUAUUAUUGCUGGAGAAAGUUCUCAGGUUAAAUAUAACAUUUUUAUAAUGUAAUACUCGGACCUGGAAUUUCUUCAGUACAUUAUUUGAAGUUUUAGGUAAUCUUGGUGCUAAUUACUUUUUGUGACUUUUUUAAGUCUUUUAAGCCAAGUCCACAGUUGGCUACACCCUAUGGUAAUUAAUGCCUGUCUUCUUGUAUGUAACCAGUUACAUAUUUUUCCUAGAGAGGCAUUUUCAGUGUAUUUUUUUCAAAAAUUUAUAAUUUUUAUAGUUCUUUUAUAACAAUUAUUCUGAGAUUUAAAACAGUGUAUUUCCUAUCUUGGGAUGGAUUUUUCCAAAAAAUUGAUUUAUAUUUUAUUAUAAUUAUUUAAAAAUCAGAUCAUUUUUUGACAGCUAUUGGAAAGUACUACAGUAUAAAAUCAGAUGCUUAAAUUUGGAACUUAACAACCAAUUGUGAUAUUUUUCUAAAGCAAAAUCCAAGUCAAUAAUUGGCUAGCUAUGCUAUUAAUGUGUCUUAACAUGGCACAAUGUGUCUUAACGUGGGUUUUAUAUUGAACUAAGCAGUUCUUUUUAGAAACUGGCUUUAGUGACAUUUUGUUAGAGAACUUAAAAUCCUUACAAUUUUGUCUAAUAGAUUAUUUGAGCAAAAGAGUUAAUUAUCUAGGAAUUCAAGUUAAAUAAAGGAAAAUAGGGUAGUGGGACAUUUUUCUUUGGUAGGGCAGUAACCAAAGCAUGUAGAAUAUUUACCAUUUUGCUUUGUCAAGUUUUUAUCCAGUUCAGUUUUAAAAGUGCAUUCUAUGAGUUUUCAGUAUCUUCCAUCCUGAAGCAGAAAAUAACAAAAAACAUUUAAUUUAAAUUUCUAAAAUCAGAUAAUCCUAAACAGAAGUACCAAUCAAGGGCACUAAAAAAGUAUUGUGCAUUUGUACAAAUACAGUCCUUUAAAAUUUUAACUUUUAAAAACAAAAACUUUGUAGUAUAUCAAUGUGUUUUUAUUGGGUUUGCAAUAUUUUAUAGUAACUUUUAUGAGCUCAGUGUAGGUGGAAAUUGUUUUCAUUUGUAUACAGUAGAAUCGCAAAGUUUUCAAUAGAAAUUUUGUAUGUCCACAUAAAAUAUUAAUAAAUGUAUUCUUUUCUAAUACGAUCAGGAAUUUUAAGUUCCCUUUGGAGUGCAAAAAAAAGAAAGAUAAAGUGUACAUAAUAGCAUCUCUGGUUCUACCAGUGCUUAUUGUUUAAAAUAUUUUAAAAAUAAGUUUCAGUGGUUAUUAUUUAGUUUGCUGUCAAUACUGUCCAUCUGCACACUGAUGUUAAUAAGGUAUGUGUUAAGUUAUAUAAAGAAAUAAGGAAAAUUUCGCUGCUCUCUUUUUACAUAAAUUAUUAGUUUGUGCAGUAGUAGUGUCCCAUAAAAUCUUUUGGUUGGAUAAGGGGAAAAAGCCAGACUUUCCUGAUUUGAUGAAGACAAAAUAUCUUCCUUUAUGAAAUAUAUUAGAAUGCAGAUUGUUUGUACAAAUAUCCUGAAAGAAAAAUGGUAAUUUCUCCGCCUUGUGGUAUAAGAAAUUAGAUUAAAAACAAUUCUCAGUCAUUUCGAUCUUAAAUAUACGUCAAUUAUAGAAACAUAUUGCUUAUGAAUAAAGAAAUAGAAGUUACAAUGUUAAGGUUAUUAGAUUACUGAUGUAUUCAAAGCUCAAACUGUCAGCCCUUAAUUCAAAGGAAAAAAGGUCAACAUCUAUAAAUAAACUGACUAUACCUGAUAUCAAUUUUCCUUAAAGUAAAAAUUCGGUAUGUUGUUGAAUUUAGUCUUCUUGUAUCUUAAGCUGUCAUCUACAAGACACUUGCCCAUACCUCAUUAUAUUUCAC